UUUCAAGAGAAAUUUUCAGCCGGCGACUUCUUGGAUGUCGGUAAAGAAGGAUAUCCAGCGUUACCUCUUGAGUCUUCUAAAAAUCAAAACUUUUCUGAAGGGCCAGAGGAGGCAGAAUUUGAUCCAGAUCUUUUCCAAUGUCCUAACGAAGGAUGUGUUAAAAGUUAUCAGAGUUUUUCAGCCCUUGAAAAGCAUCUGUCUUAUGGAAAGUGUGAAAUGCGUGUAGAAAGAGUCACCCUUCUUGACCAGGCGAGGCAAAUGAACCACGCCAAGCUAACAGAAGGAACAAGCAAAGACGUGACAAGCCAUUGUGCUGAAGCUUCUGUUCGAGAAAGCGUAGUAAAUACCAGUCAAAUUGUUAAAGGGUGGGCGUUAAAGCAAACGAAAAAAUCAGGACGACUCAGCGAAUCACAAAAGGGGUAUCUUGACGAAAAGUUUAAAAUCGGCCAGAAAACAGGUCACAAACAGGAUCCAGCUUCCGUAGCUCACGACAUGCGUUACGCCAGAACUGCUGAGGGUGAACGGCUUUUCACCCGUAGUGAAUUUCUAACUACGCAGCAAGUUCAGUCGUACUUCUCUCGACAAGCAGGCAAACUGCGCAAUCAAUCCACCGAGGAUGAGAGAAGAGAUCAUGACGCUGCUGCCGAGCAACAGCAGUACUGGGAUACUCGAGAACAAAUCCUUCGAGAGGUUCAACUCCAACACCCCAUCACCUUCGACAAUUUUGACCUAUGCGAAAUGUAUCACGCAAGUUCGCUAAACAAGUUCAGUAUCAACAUGUUACAAAGUAUUUGC